AUGGCCAUGAUAUUACCUACGCUUCCGAUAUCAUACGACAACAUAGAAAAUUAUACUGCUGAGCUCUGUGGCUUUUUUGAUACUCCUUUAGUCCGUCAGAUUACGGGAGGGAUUCAUGUUAACGACGCCCUGAUCCACGGUGGCUGGCAGGCCUUGCCACAAGAAUGGACGGAGUGGUGGUCCGCGUGGCCGGAUUAUCGUCUAGCUCAGCAAGACCUUAUCGACAGCAUUGACGAAGAAGCUGAGAUAGGGUCGUGUAUUUUUGAGCAACAGCCUCAACUCGCUGCAAGUCGGCCAGAAUCUCUGACCAACUGGUUGAGGACUCUGAAGUCACUCGCGCUUCCUCGCAGCCAACGCCCAGGUCCAGCAAUCGCCCUGCCAGAGGUGUUGACGGUGCACAUGACGCCUAAAAAGAUCUCCGAGGUUUCUUUCGGAGCCGCUUAUAUCCACAAUGUCUGUCAAAGAAAAGGCAUCAGCCGCGUUAUUGACAUGGGGUCCGGCCAAGGUUACCUGUCCAUCAGCCUUGCCUACCUAUUCCCCGGCCUGCGAUGUCUCGCCAUCGAUGGCAGUGAAUCCCAAAUCGCUGGAUCGCGGUCGAUUGCGGCCUCCCUAGGCAUACCAGAAGACAGAUUGAAACAAAUUGUGCAUUGGAUCGACGGCGCUCCGGCCUUGGCGUCCCAGAUUGAGGACUGGGCCGAUGGGGAGAGCUGCAUGCUCGUGGGUCUUCACGCAUGCGGGAGUUUAUCAGAGCACAUGAUCAGGUACUUUGCCACGGUGCCUUGCAUUGAAGCCUUGGCGGUGGUGGGUUGCUGUUAUAACCAUGUCAUUCCUCGGUCGCCCAGCUGUCCGGCCGGGUUCCCCAUCAGCUCGGUGUUGAGACAACAUAAUGUCAUGCUGAGUGUCACUGCUCUCAUGACGGGCUGUCAAGCGCCGAAUAACUGGGCAAGGCCAGGCCGCGCAUGUAACCAGCAAGAGGGGUCGGUGUUUGGCAAGCGUCGUUUGCACCGUGCAAUCCUGGAGAAACUGUUACACGACAAGGGAAUAGAGGUGAACACGCGGGAUGGAAAGAGGCCAGUAUGGGGCAUUCGGAAACAGGAUACAGCUAGUUUCGCCAAGUUUGCGCGUAGAUCGAUGGACCGCCUGAAUAUAGCGCAUGGCAAGAUUCCGGCCGCGGAUCUGAUGGCCUAUGAGGAGAAAUAUAGAGACUGUGAGGGUCAGAUUGCCAUUCUAUGGACGCUCAGCGUGCUUUGCUGCAAGGUGGUUGAGAGUUUAAUUGCCUUGGAUCGCUACUGGUUUUUGAAGGAACAGAGAGCGGAGGGGAUAGAUAUUGUACCCAUUUUCGACUUCAAGGUUUCUCCUAGGAACCUAAUGAUGGUUGCAGAGAAAGCAGGCCCUGGUUUGCCAUAG